UAGUCAACUUCAUUCCCGCCCCUGGCAAGACGUCAACGCCCUGUCCAUGCGCUCUGUUUGCACAGGUCUGAAUAAAAAUCCCUACAUUUCCAGCCUUGCUACAUUCAUCUGACGAGAUGUUGCCUGCAAAGUUGACAGUCGUUGCCCUCCUGGCGUCAGUUUGGUGUUGCACGUCACAAGAGCUCCGCUAUAGUGUCGCAUGUGGCGAUGCAAACCUGAUACUGCAAUGCCCCGACCGUCAUGUCGUCAGAGUGAAGGAACUACGCUACGGUAAAGCCGAUCGGGUCAACUGUGCCGCCAUAACCCCAGCCACCGCAGACUUCUCAGCACGACAGUACUGCCUCAAUCCCGGUCUUAAGACAUGGACCGCGUUCAUCUGUAAUGGCCUGCAGCGUUGCCGCCUGCCAAAGCCAAAUCCACAAAUGUUCGUAUGCGACGAAAAUCACAACUUUAUCCAGGUCAGCUAUUACUGCAGGAAACAAAGAUCUGCUGAGCACACAGUUGUUGCCUGUGAAGGAAAAACGGCAGCUCUCACCUGCGACGCUGGUAAAUCCAUCAGGAUCAUGAAGGCCAGCUAUGGACGCUUUGAUGAGAGACGCUGCAGUAAAACCUCCUCCAUCAUGACCUUCUGCUCCAGCCCCUCAGCCCAUGGCAUCGUUGCAGAUAAAUUCUGCUCCCUGUUGACGGUGAGAACUGGAAUGUCUGGCAUGGUGUGUGACUUUGAUGUCUUCCAGGGCAGUGUCAACGGAAUAGGAGCCAAAUCUGAACUUGGAUUGUCAGGUGAUGAUGUGUUUGAGCUGGCUUCCACACUUCCAGAAGGUCAGAACUACACAAUAUAUGCAGACAACUACUUUGCCAGUGUUCCGUUAUUAGUUAAGCUCCUUGAUCGGGGAAUUGAUUAG